AUGGUUUCUACCGUCGACAACAGCCAGCCCUUGAUGGCAGCCAAGUGUGACGACGAGCACGACCUUCCUGGUCCUGCUACCACCCCAGGCAAGAAGGGUCCCAUCAUCACGCUUAGACGUGUCCUCGCAGCCCUCAUUGUUCUCUUUUGCCUCCUGGGUACGGCGGGUGUGAUUGUGCUUGGCGUCAAGAUUGCUCAAGGCGAGAAAAAAUACGACAAUCUGUAUGAGGAGUUCACCAACCUGUCUGAGAAGUACGACAUCCUCUCGCGCGCUGAUCAUGCUCAAGGCCACGUCCUUGCUGCCCGUGACAUCUUCCAUGAGGAUCCUGCUCACACCCAUGGCGGCGCGAUCGCAGUUGCCUCUGACAACAUCGUCUCCGACAUGGCCACCGUGGGAACCACAAUCAUGGUCACUGUCACUCAAACCGAAGCUGCUCUUGUGGGCGCUACCUCGGCCGAUACGACUAUCUAUGAUGAAACCACUACUGUUGUCGUCACUGUCCCAACCCUGACAGUCACCGACACCACUACCACUGCUACCGUCACUACAACUGUUUACGCUUCCUCUCAGUCUCUCGUUUCGUACACCAAUCCCUUCGGGACCUCAGCCGUCGCCCCCAUUUCGGCGUCAGUCUCUGACGUCGGCAACUGUGUUCCUGUCACAGUUACCGUCUACUACCCCUCAGCCCCCUGGUCCAUCGGACUAGAGACUUCUGCCCUUACCAGCACCACUGAAAUCAGCUCCGUGGUACCUACGGUCGCCAUGACAGAGACCCCGAGCACUGUUAUUCCCACCAUUGUUACUCCCAGCGAGACGACCUCUGAGCUGGCCACCACUCCCACAACCACGGAGCCUACCGCGACUCCAGUCCAAGAAACCAGUGGCGUCUUGCCAAUCUCUGGCAGCCUUGCAUCCAUGUCCAAUGCCUGCAGCACCAAGACGGAGACCACCACCACCACAGCCUCCGCAGACCGCGGCCUCGAGACCAGCUCUGCACUUCCGCUCUCGACCGUAUCAGGCACCACCACUUGGACCUCUUAUUCGACCAUUGUCGUCACAGUCUCCAAACCGGCGGCCACCGGUCCCCAAGAGAUACCCCUCCCGCCGGCCCUGGCCACCAGCAGCAGCAUCGGCAGCAUCGGCAGCGUCACCUCGCUCAUUCUAGAGACGAGCUCCGUGGGUGUCCCAAUGUUCCGCAACAUCACCACCACCACCGUCAAGGGCACCGCCCGCAGCUUCUACAACUCGCCGCACCCAGCCCAGUCAACCUACGUGACUAGCGGCGGCGUCAAGCAGGCUGGUGCUGGUCUCGGUGGCAAUGGCAACGCCGGAUCCGGCGCCAUUCAUUACUGCGUUUUCAUGCUAAUCAGCUUCCUCUUGAUCGUUGUCUGA